GUUACAUGCGUUGUAACGGUUUAUUUCGGUAAUAAAUGCAUUGUAUUAACGUGGUAAGUUUUACUUUAUUCUGGACAGUGGCCAUAGGCGCAUGCAGAUUUCCUCUUUUGCGAUGACUUCUAUAUCGUAUUUAAUUCAGGUCCUGUUCUUGAGUGGAUCUUACAGGCUGGUACAAAGUGCGGAUCACACCGGUUGUGACCAUCUGAGCCUGAAUGACUUGAUGAAACUGUUGGCCGAUCGGUUAUCCAACAUUCCCAUGAAGGAUGACUUGGCCGCGCUGGAGACGAGAUUCAUUGCGAAAUUGGAUGGACUAAAAUAUGACUUGGAGGCACUAAUAAAAGCGGCGGGAAGGAAACAGGGAAAAAGUUGAGAGGGAGGAAAUCAUCAUGGAAGAAAACGAAGGUCAAUGGAGACACCGGAUUUCGUUGCAGCAGAUUAUAGGCUAGGCAUACUAACAGGUGAAGUGCGAAAGUAUUCAUUUAACGAGACGUGCCAAUUUGUCGAACAAAUCCUUACCGUGCAGAAAGAUCAGUCCGCAGUUUUCAGGACAUAAGGAACACUACGUCUAAAAUAUUUCAAAGCGUUGGUGCCAUCAUGAAGGGUGUUGGAUCAUACAGAUCUAACGUGUCCGAGUUUACAUUCGCAAAUACCGGCUGCGAAGAAGGCGAGUCGAUUGGCUUGGGAAAAGUUGAAAUGAAUCUGUGCGAGGAUGGUCUCAAUCGCACAAACUCAACGUUCCUCAAGAAAACGCUGAUCUGUGACAAAGGGUGGAUCAUGAUUCAGCAGAAGAGUGCUCCUUACUCCGGGCCUCAUGAAACCAGUUUCGAUAGGGAUUUUAACGAAUACGCGACUGGGUUUGGCCUCCCCCUUUCCGGCGGUGAUUUCUGGAUUGGCUUGACAACUAUUCAUCAACUAACGGAGACGGGAUAUACACAUUUACGAAUUGAUUUCAAGUAUUUUGAAGAAAUGACAGAUUAUGCGAUGUAUAACGAGUUCAAAGUGGGUGGUGCUGAGGAUAAGUACAACUUAACGGUGAAGGGAUAUAAUGGCACGGCAGGAGAUUUCUUCAUCCAAAAUUCUGGGAAAAAGUUCACCACACGUGAUAGCGACAAUGAUGAAUACAGCAGUGGCAAUUGUGCGACUGAAUACAGGAGUGGAUGGUGGUACGGGAAUUGUUCCGAGAGCCUAUCGGACCCCAUGUCCUACAGAGCGGCAGGACCCUAUCAUGGAAUAAACUGGGUAGCGUGGAAGGGUCCUGGCCACUGGUUGAGAAAGGUUGAAAUGAAGAUUCGCAAGCCACCCAUAAUCAUAUAAUUGUUGUCUGAAUACAUGGUUGAGUGUCAACAGUACAUAAAAUACAGGUCACAGUUGUACG